AUGCAAGGGGUUGAGCAUAUCCCACUACUUGAACUGCAGGGCGGAUCACAGAGGCUUGUGCACCUUUGCACAUCUACCGGUAAAAUCUCACUCGUGGCACCAACUUACUACAUCACCCAAAAUGGCGAUCUUUUAGAUGGUAUUGAAGGCCUACAGAUCAUAUGCCAACUGACCCCAGGAACUGAAACGCCUGCUGAAACUCUCCGAGGAGCUCCAGUGCGCGAUGGCCGACUUUGGUCGCGAUACCUGGAUGAGUCAAUCACUCUGUUUGGCGAUAAGACAGAUGUGGUAUUUGCUAGUCACCAUUGGCCAACCUGGAAUGACGAUGAAAAUUUAGUUCUCCAAUUUUCAUCGGAGCACCGAGAUUACUACGCCUAUCUUCAUAAUGAAUCGCUUCAACAGAUCAAUGAUGGGCAAACACCUUUGGAGAUCGCAGAGAAUAUUCAGAUGCCUCCUAACUUGAGUGCGAAAACGCAUCUCCAAGGCUAUUAUGGUUCGAUCAACCACAAUGUAAAAGGUGUUUAUGACAAAUACACGGGUUGGUUCAAUGGAAAUCCAGCUUAUCUCUGGCCACUCCCACCUACAGAUGAGGCGACCUAG